CCUCAAUCCCAACAGGAGUGCCGCUUCCUGUAACUCCGUUGCCUUAUCCAGAGAGGUGGUUCGGAGAUGGCGAAAGCGUCUGGUUCCACAAUCAUUUCGGAGGAUAUGAUUGAACAAAAUGUGAACAAGGUCGUAGGCUUCUUUGACAACGUUGGAGUCUCCGCUUCCGUCACAGGACAGUUGUCUUCAAAGGACUUCUACUCCUCUAUCAUUCGCAAUCUUCUAAGUGCUGAUCGUGUCGAACGUGGCCGCGUUACCUGUUCCUUCUCCGUUAAACCCGUUGUCUCCAAUUAUUUUCGUUCGCUGCACGGAGGGGCGGUCGGAGCUAUAGCAGAGAGAGUCUCAAUUGCUUGUGCUAGAACCAUGGUGGCUGAAGACAAGGAAUUGUUUCUUGGUGAAAUCAGCAUCUCUUAUCUCUCUACCGCACCAGAGAAUGCUGAGGUUAUCGUUGAUGGAUCUGUAGUUAGGAGUGGGAGAAAUUUGACUGUAGUUGCAACUGAGUUCACAGUCAAGAAAACUCGGAAGCUUGUUUAUACUACUCGUGCUACUUUCUAUCACUUGCCUUCUGCCAAGUUGUGAAGUUCCUAUGUUCUGCACAUUAGAGGACAGGACUGGGGCAGCCAAGCCAUAACCUCAACAGCAAGGAUAUUGCAUCCACGUGAUACUGUGAUAGUGUCAUUCUAUUUGCUUUUAUUCUUAGGGAACUAUAUAAUGAAUGUUAUACAUGCCAUGUAGUUUAAAUGUAAGAUAUUGAUGCAAUAGGGAAUUGGUGCAAUAGAAGUCGUAUGAAAGGCAUGGGAGAAGUUUAUUACAUAGGUGGGGAUCGUGGGAUUGAUUCAGCACCAUUUAAGUGUUGAAGGGUCAGCUGAAUAAGUUAAUGGAGGAGUUGGAGGCUUCAAUCCAGGAGCCAUGAUGGAGGAAUGUGAUUGUGAUGGAAGGAGUUACCAUAUGGAAAGAAAUUGCAAUAUUAUAUAUAGUUAUGUCUUUUAUUCAAAAAAAAAAUACUUUUGCUUUGCGAUAAGUCUUUCAUGUAAAGGAGUGAUUCCUGAGUUAUUUAUAAAAACCAGAGAGUGAUUCUCCAUCAAA